UGCUGCGUGGAUUGCGAAUACUUUUUUAUGCAAUAAAGUGUAAAAUUAAAUGAAAAACAUGUUUUCGCAAAUGGAAGCAGUUAAAACAGCCAUUAAUUCAUCUUUGAAGCUUAUUCGUUUGUACGACUGGCUUCUGGAUUUAUAUGUAUUGGACUUCUUCGUUGACGACCAUUGGUCUAAACUCCCUGCGUCUUGGCGCGAAAGUUUGCGGAACAUAGACACAGAAUAUUUGGGAAUGAUUUUAUCAGGCGAACAUCCUAACCAUAUCCUUCCACUAUCGUUACUUGCCUUGGUUAGCGCUGUGAAAGCUUUAAGCUUACCACGAGAUAAUCUGAAAAAAUAUAAAAUUGAAUCAUUAAGCUGUAUGGACAAGGAUUCCUGUGCUGGACAUCCAAGAUUGAAGAAUCUAUUUCUAAAACAUGUAAAAUUAAAAAAGAGACAUGAAAUUUCUUUAAUGGCAGAGGUAGUAAACCAUACAGCCUUAGCAAGUAAAUGUGAAGCUGUGAUCGAUUUCGGAUCAGGAGUGGGUCAUCUUGUUAGAGUGCUAGCAUACAAAAAUGGUCUAUAUGCUGCCGGAAUUGAGUGCCAGAAUCAGUUAACAGAGGAUGCUAGAAAACUAGACCAUGAACUUGAGUAUACAGCCAGUAAGCACCUUUCUAAAGGAGCUAUGUCGAAACUAAGGCGACCUACUCACUUUAAUGUCACUCUAUCAACUACUAACCAGUUGGACCAUUUAUCUUUACCAGAAUCUAUGAAAAGCUACGGCUUAAUAGGCCUUCAUCCUUGUGGGGAUCUAGGCCCAUUAUUGCUUAGGCAUUUUCUAAAUUCUGACAAGGUAAAGUUUAUAAGUGUAGUUGGAUGUUGUUUCAUGAAACUGACAAAUGCAGGGUACCCAAUGAGUGAUUAUUUGAGAAGUUUGGAGUUUAAUUUGUCUUAUGCAAGUACAGAGAUAUCUUGCCAUGCUAUAGAGGUCUAUUGUGAUAGGCUGAAGAAGGGAACUUAUGAGGAUUUGAAGGUACAUGCAUACAGGGCAGCUUUAGAAAGAUUACUAGUUGAUCAUGAUCCCAAGCUGAAACAUGUACAAGUUAGGAGUAUAAAGCAUUCUAACAAUCUUAAUUUUAGGAAAUACUGUGAGCUUGCCCUAGAGAGACUUGGUAUCCCUCUACCAACAUCCCCCCAUAUCUGGGCAAAGGGGGAGGAAGACCUGGCGCAAUGGCAACGUGUGGUCACCGUCUACUCGCUGAGACUGGCGUUAGCUCCGUUGGUGGAGACUGUUAUAUUGCUUGACAGAGUACUGUGCGUUUUGGAGCAUGGUCUAUCGUGCGAGAUUCGUCCUGUAUUCGACCCGAAGAUAUCUCCACGGAAUCACAUUAUAGUGGCUCGAAGAUAACAACGCAACACUGACUACUUGACUUCUAUACAUCUGUUAUAAGUAUAGGAACAUUCAAUAGCAUUUGAUCGCUAUAUUAUAACGCCACCUUAUAGCUAAAACCACGCAAGCGACUUUUAAAAAAUGACAUUCUGUUGCGAUUUUUGUUAACAGAACCUCGUAAUAAACAAACUAGUUCCAAUUGGUUACUUGACAGUUUUCCGGAUAAGUAUUUUAAAAAUUACAAUCGCUUAUUUCAUACCUCUUAAAAUAUUGUAUUUUCUCGAAAAAUAAUCUCAAAUUUCGCGGGAAAACGAUCGGUCGCGUGACAUUUUGCCCAGUGACGUCACAAUUCAAUAAACAAAGAAACUGUCAAACUACGCGCCACUUUCAGUGACUUGACAUCUGACAGAUAGCUUUUGUUUAUUUUGUGAAACGUGACGUCACACGAAGCUCAAUCAUGGCCGCCCGUGUUCCGGGUCUUGUAAUACACAGAUAAAAAUCGCAUUGUUAUCUUGUAAAAAUAUUUAAAAAUUAUGUUAAUAAAAAAGCUAUUGGUAAAUGUUAAAGUACCAUAUCCGACAUAUUUCAUAUUUUAUUGUUAGAACUGUCAAGUAGGCAAAAGUUUGUGAUGUAAAUUUUUAUCUUUCUUCAAAUGUCAUUCUUCAAAAAGGCGCUUACGUACUUUUCACUAUAAGGCGAUAUAAUAUUGAUGAGUUUAGUUUUAUGCGAUGGAAAUAAAGAAACAUUUGUAUAUUUCAAAGAAUGAUAUUAUGUAAAAGAUUCUUUGGCCAAUGCCAAAGAUGACAAUUCAUUGCUAUUAGAAAACUGUAAAAGUCAGUGAUUAGGUAGUCGAUUUAAAACAAAUAGAAAUAGGGUAGUUUCCAACGACUACUAAAUGUCAAAACACGAAAUGACUGUGGAAUUUGUAUGACUUUUUACUUUAUUAAAAUUCAUAAAUAAGUUGAAUAGAAAAAAAAGAAAACUUUUUUGUCACCUUUAGAUCUGUCUUUAUUUAGUCAGAAUUUCAUGAUUUAUUUUUGACCUAGGAAACUGCCCACUUCUUGCUAUAGGCAUACUUUGCAUUGUUCUACUAUCUAUUCAUAUAUUAGUAUAUGUAUCUAUCUAUCUUAGUAUACGGAUAAGUAUGGACUCAAUGGUCCCGAUUCCUGCAGACACGUCCGACUUUUAUUUUAAAUUAUACCCGUCAUUUUCCUAUCCUCCAAAAAGAAAAGGGACGGAUGAUUGACACUGUUAAUUUUAAAUUGAAUUUAAAGAAUGAAUAAAUAAUAACCCGGGCGAAUAAAAUAGGCGUACCGCUGAUAUUCAACCUGUUUGACAUGUGCAGUCAACUUAAUUCUGUCGGGUUAUUGGCCAAUAUACAAUUUUGGGAGCUUUUUUUUUUUAAUUUCUGCCUUAAAUUGACGUGGGUUCCAUAAAUUUUAUGCCUGUCGAUUGCCCGUCUCUUUCCUUUUCGGCGCGGAUAAGAAAAUUACAGGUAUAACUUAAAAUUAGAUCGUAUGUAGGAAUCAACACAAUUAUGUUUACAAACUAUUAGUUUAUUUUACAUGUAAAACUAAUUUUGUGCUUAGUGCUCUAUUUUUUAUCUUCAGGUACGUACCUAAGUCGGAUUAUAAUGCCUUUUAUAAUUAAAUGAUAUUUUGUUAAA